UGCAAGAAUGUCUAUUCAAAACAUUGCAUUCGAUCUUCCUCCACCCUUGCUCUUGUCUUCUCAUCAUCCAAUUUCAAUUAACGACAUUUUAACGACCACUUUUACGAACAAUAACGAAAUAAUAACGAACAUCCUUACUUUGCAGACCUCACCAUGUUUGCACCACAGGUGAUGAGUCCUGCUCCUUUACCAAAUCAACAAAUGUCACCAUAUAUGCCUCAAUCACCAAUGAUGAUGGAUAUGCCAAUUCAAACGGGUCAACAAGAUAUUUCUGGUGUUCGUCGAUCAAAUUCAUUCUCUUGGCGUGCAGAAGCAGGUUUACCACCACCUCCAUCAGAAAUUGAUCAAUUUCCCGAAAUUCAAAGACAUAUGAUCCCGCAAAAUGGUAUCCAAAGCAGUACAGAUGCAAUGCCAAUGCAUGCUGUCACCAAACAUCCAAAGCUCAAGCUAAGGAUAUUACUGGCAAAGAGCAUCUUUGAAGCAGGUGAAACUGUUUCGGGUAUGCUAGAAAUCACUUCAAGUACAAGUCAAAGGUUACGAUUAGGGGAAAUCGCUGUCGAACUUGAAGCAUUUGAAGAGCUCUCAUCAAGGGAUCAUUCUGCCACACAAAUCUUCCUAUUCAAUCGAACACUCUUUCAAGGUGAACAUCUGCCACCUUCUAAUGCUGUCUUACCUGCUGCUCCCGUUCAAGGUCAUUGGACAGCACGAAAGGGAAGGACAACAUUCCCAUUCUCGUUCCGAUUGCCUAUUACUGCACCUUCAAGUAUCGUAUUUGGCGGAAAUGCUACUUUACGCUACUCACUCAAAGGUACCGUACAAACCUGGUGGAACGAAACAAAGAGCCUCGUUACGGUCCGCUCAGAAGCCUCGGUGGUAGAGCGUUGGGAGGACGAAUUCGAUCCUCGAUAUGUUGAGCCGGUAGAAGUGAUCGCUGACACGCACGUUUUCAUGGGUGGGAACGGAGCAGUAUGGCUAGAAGCUUCUAUUGGAGAACAACUGUUUGCAUCAGGAAAUAUGAUCAUGAUACGAGCUGGAAUCAAGAAUAACAGUAAACGGCAAAUGUCUGGCAUGAAGGUGACCUUGGUACGUAGGUUGAUUUUCCCUGUCAGUGGACCUCCAGGCAAGCCGGCCGCAAAACCCAAUCUUGAGCCUCAGGUCACAGAAGAAGUACAUUCUCAAUUAUUCAAAGGGCCUAGCUACGAAUUCCCGCCAAAUGAAGAAGUAGUUGUCAAUCUGGCCGUGGACAUUCCCCGUGAGCUACGUACGAUUCGCAAGACCAGGCUGUUUGAGGUUCACACGCUGGCAAUCGUCAGCUUACAGAUGGGCAGCUUCGCUAAAGAUCUGCAUGUUGAGAUCCCAGUCUAUGUUGCUCACCCAAACAGUCUUCAAGGUCCUGUCGCAAGACCAGUGCAGAAAUUGCAAGACCUUCCACAAAGAAGCCGAUCAGCUAUGGCACAACAUGGACAACAUCAAUUCCAUCAACCGUUCCAGCAGUCAGCACAAGCCAUGCCAAAUCAGAUUGCAUCUCCAAUGAUUCCAGAUCAUCGUGGAUGGUCUCCUGCUCCUCCACCUUCACGUCCUGCAUCUGCUGCAGCUGCUAUGGGAAAUGGAAUGCCAUACGCUUCUCCUACCACUCCACAACCGUUUGCAUUCGUUCCUGCCGGACAUGGACAAGGUCAACAAAUCGUAUGGAAUGCAGACGCUCAAGCAUGGACUGCGAAUGCACUUUUGGCAAGUAUUGCACCGCCCGUUCGUCCUGCAUCAGCUCAAGAAUUGCCUAUGCGUAGUCAAAGUGUUGCAGCUCCUGAAAUGAUGCAAAACGUUGCAAGAGGACAACAGCAAAGACCUCAGUCUACCAAUCCUCAACAGAACUCAAGACGAUACAGUGCUCCCAGCCCUGAUACAGGACGUCAACAACAGCAACAACACCCCGUGCAAGUGGCCCAAAGACAACAGCCACCACAGCAACAACAGCAGCAGAAGCCUCGUAGUGCUCUGCUACCUUCACCUACCGUUCAAGCUAUUCACAAUGAGCCUCCAGCUCCUCAGAAGCAGGAAGUGCAACCGGAUCACCACGAGCAGCAACCAUUGCAAGUACCAUUCGUUCCUUCACCUUCUCAAUUGCUAGGUGCCAAUGCUCAACCUCUUGGAUUGGCAACGAUUGAGGAAGACAGCGAAUCAGCUGCCGGCACUGUGAAGUCAAUCAGGACAUUGAUCGGAAGCGUGUCUCGAGGAGAUAUUGAUCAGUUCGAACAAAUGGCACAAAGAGCAGAAGAUGAAGAAGAAAUGCGUAAAGCAAUGGGAGAAAUGGGAAUGGUACCUGAUGAACGUCAAUUUGUCGUUUCAAAUCGACAAGAAUCAGUACAGGAAUAUGCCAAGUUACCACAAAGGGCUAAAGCACAACCUCCUCAAUCUCCUCAAGCAAAGGAAAAGACUUUACCAGAAGCACCUGCUCAAAAGUCUUCCAAAGCAGAAUCAAAAACGAGCUCCAGACCUAAAGCGGCAGACAUCUUCCGAGCACCUGCAAAUGAGCCUACAGAGCAGCAGAAGCCUGUCAGACCUAGUUCAGCUCAAGGUGUUGGUCUGCUCGCAUUGGAGAGCCGUUUGAACACACCUACGCCAUCUCAAGUUGUUUCGAGCAAGAAAAUACCUGCUGCUCGCAAAAGUGAACCAUCACCUUCAAGACUUUCACCUAGGAAAGCAGACACUGCUGAACGUGAACAAAGAGCACGGGAAGAUGAAGAAUUGCGCAAGAAACACGAAGAGCAACGGAAAGCUGAUGAAGAAAGAAAGAAAGCAAGACAAAGUGCUCUUUUGGCCGCUGCUGCUGCUAAUAGUAAACCUAAGAUUGAACAACACAAACCUACUUCUCAGACUUUAUCUUCAACCUCAACUGAAAAGAAGCAGGGCGAACGUAAAGCAGUGGAUGUUGGUGAACAACGUCAACUCAAUAAAGAUGCCGUUGGACGUGUCGCAGGCUGGCUGUCCACCUCUCCCAGUCGUGAGAUCGGCUUGGCUACACCAACGAAGCAAAAUGAACAAGCUGUCGAUCCAACACUUUCACCAAAAACACCAAGUCCAUCUGUUUUGAUGGGCAAUGAUGAUACUUUGAGUGACAGGAAAGCUGGCCACAAGACAGAAGGUGGGUCCUCACUUGCUCUGCAUGCUUUGUUCGAUCGACAAGAUCAAUCAGAUAUUGUCUCUCGCCUUUCUCAGCCUUCCAAGGAACAGGUCAAGCCCCGAUCACACGUCAAUGCAAGCACCAGCAAAGUAGCUUCAAAGGCAGUGGAGAAGCCAUCAUCGGUUCAGGAAGAUGUUGCUGAUAUCAACAUCCCAGCAGCAUUCAGCAAAACGCUGAUGAAGAAUGAUCAGCUGGAACCUACCCCUUCAAGCGUACGAUAUGAUGUUCGUAGUGCUCGUGGCGGUCGUGGUGGAAGAGUUGCCAGUGUGGCAAGUAUGUGGGCGUCCAUUGCAGAAGGAACUGAUGGAAGUGAAGGAAAAGAUCCAACUCCCGUUUUAACUUUAAAACCAAAGGCAGUCAGAUCUGGUGCAGGGUCCAAAUUAGAUUUUACCAAAACAGAAAAGGUUGAAGGCAAAACUCAAAAGAAGGACAUUGUGGAUGUUGUACAAAAGCCAACCGUUCAAAAGCUAACCAUUCAAACACGUCAACCUUUGAUUGUGAAGAAUCGCGUAAUGUCACCUACAGCCAAAACCAGUGGUGCACCUCAUUUUGUCAAUACGACCAUACCACGUGCAGUAUUCACAGCUUCUGAUCCAUCUCCAAAGAAUGCUGAUGGGGCAGCAAAAGAGAACAUCGCAGUGACCAAAGCAGAUUUACCUCCAGCCGUUCGUAAAUUAUCCCUAGAAGGAGGUGAUAUGAAGCAACAGCAACAACAACCAGCAGAAGGUAAAUUGAAAGCAACAAGAAAGAUCACUUCUGAUCUGAUCGCUGCAGAAGCAAGAAUGCGAGCCGGUCGAGAUCUAGCAAAAGAUGCAGAAGAUGCAUUAACACCUAUGAAUGGUCGUGGUACGACUAAAGCUAUUGGCCGUGAAAGAUUGGCCGAUUUACGUAGUCUUUGGGGUAAUUGAAGCAGGCAUGAGAGUUUGUCUUUGUUUCAAUGUCUUUCCUUUUUCCCAUAAUGAUUCCAUGUACAUUUGUUUUAUAAUUCCAUCAUCGUCAUCGGUC